UUCAAUUCAAAGAGGAAGAACAACAAAACACUAAAUGCAUGUCAGGAAGUGCUUAGUUCUAGCGUUUUAAUUGAUUUUUAUCUUUAAAAAUAAACAUACAGACUCUGAAACGUAUAAUGUGAUCUAAUAUUCAGUAGUUACUUACCUGGUUAGGAGGAGGACCAACGUGAUUUUAACCUGUGGAACUCAAAUUUUCUGAUAAGACCUGAUCAGGACAGACAGGUAUGGCACAGAACUGCCUGCCUGGCAUGGAAACAUCAGCCGUGUCUGUGCUCAAGAGAGCUGUAGAGCUGGAUCAGUGUUCACGCUUUCAGGAAUCUCUUGUGUGCUACCAGGAGGGCAUUCAGCUUCUUCUACACGUGCUGAAAGCGAUAAAGGAUGAAUCCAAAAAAGUCCACUACAGAGAGAAGAUCAAGGGUUACAUGGAUCGAGCUGAGCAGAUAAAAGAACACCUGACCAAACUGAAGGAAGAAGGGAAAUACCAUGAGCAAAUUAAAAUCGCUGACAGCACCACAGGUUUCAGCUAUGAGACCCUUUUCAAGCCGUACAUUAAAGACGGACUCACUGAAGUCUGGGUUGAGGACCCUUAUAUCCGCCAUGUGCACCAGUUGUAUAACUUCCUGCGUUUUUGUGAAAUGCUGCUUAAGGCCAAAUGUAAUGUUAAGAAGAUUAAUCUCCUGACCUCACAAGAUGAAGAUGGCUCCUCCCAGCAAGAGAGUGCCCUAGCAGAAAUCUGCCAGUCUUUGCAGAGUCAGGACAUUUGUCUGGACAUUAAAUACUCCUCCACUAUUCAUGACCGGGAGAUCAGAUUUGAUAAUGGUUGGAUUAUCAAGAUUGGCAGAGGUCUUGAUUAUUUCAAGAAGCCUAAGGGUCGUUUCUCCAUUGGCUACUGCGAUUAUGACUUAAGAGAAUGUCAUGAGACUACAGUGGACGUCUUCCAUACAAAACACACCAAGAAGGCAUGAUUGAAAAAGUAUUUGCAUUCUGUGUAAUUUAAGUUAUCCUGCUAUGCACUACUUGGACUAGUGGGUUUCUACCAGUUUUCUGUUUUUAACUCUGUUAAGGGUUUACUGUUUACAAAUUAAUUUGAGAGCUGAGCACUAAGUGCCUAAUAUAUUAAAGUGCAUGUUGAUAGCCGUCACACUGUAAUACAUUGGUUCUCAACCGUUGUUGGUCAGCAUCCCUGUUUUAAAGGCUAUAAACACAGUAAGAAUAUUGCAUUGCAGUGUUUCUCGCUAUAAACAGUGACACUACUGUGGAAAAAAAAAGGCCCCGUUGCGGUCUGGUGAAAAAAUGUCCUUAAGACAAGCUUAGAGUGAAGUCUAAUGAAAUAAUAAUAAUAAUACAUAAUCAGACUGUUUGUUUAUUAUUACCUUACCCGGGAUGGAGUCCACCAGGGGGUGAGAUAUUGUUUGCGGUCGGGUUUGUUUUUUGUUAACGAUAUUAUGGGAAAAUGGCUGGAUCAAUCUUCAUGAAACUUUCAGGAUAGAUGGGCAUUGGUCUCAAAUAGAACCUCCAACAUUUUGAGGGUCAUCCAGUCAAGGUCACCAAAAAGGUCAAAAUCGUUUUUGUUGUGGCUACUGCCUCAUAUAGAGGCUGUAGUCACUGUCAUCGUGCUAUAAGAUUGUAAGAGUUCCUGCCAAAACUUUACAUCCUGCCAGCAGGCGUUCAACAGUUUCAUCACACUCGCCACACAACCUACAUUUCUUCUGACUCCCAGUACCUCAAUAAACUUUCCAUGCAUUCGUUUUAACCGUUUGUUCUUGCAUGUUGAUGAUUGCUGUAAGAGACUCCACAAGGUUGAGAACCUGUGCUGUAAUGUCAGCUAAUUAUUCUAACGCGGAUGAAAAUCAUCAUGAAAGGCUAUUGAAUAUUUCUGAAAGGAAUUAUUAUCUAUCUAUAUGAACCAACCUUUUGUUUUUAAAGUGUUUUUAUGACAUUUUAAAGCCUUACAUGGUGGACCUUUAUGUGUGA